GGACAGCCGAAAGGCGGGGGCGGUGCCGCGCCGCUCCCGGGGCGCAGGCGCACUCGUGGCUGCCGCGUCCGCCGCGUCCGCCGCGUCCGGGGUUGACGUUCCCCAGUGGAGGCGGGGACAGAGGGUCUUGCGAUGGCCCCGCUACCAGGGGCGGAGCUGGUCCGGACGCCGCUGCAGCUCUACCGAUACCUGCUGCGUUGCUGCCAGCAGCUGCCAACCAGGGGCGUCCAGGAACACUACAAGCACGCUGUCAGGCAGAGUUUCCGGGUUCAUUCAGAUGAAGACAAUCCCGAGAGAAUCCAGCAGAUUAUUAAAAGAGCCAUCGAAGAUGCAGACUGGAUCAUGAACAAAUAUAAGAAACAGAACUGAGACACUAGGGCCUAGAGAACAAAGCCGUCCUGCAGACAUGGAAGUUGAGAGAUCUCGCUUCUGGAACUCAGCAGCAGCAGCCGUUUUGGAAUAUCCGCUGUCCUUGUUGACUGAGAGCAGGAAAUCGGGUAGGAGAGCUGACAUCGGCUCAGCUGGCUCUUCUUGCCCCGUGUGUGUCCCCAGCAUCCUUCAUGUUUGCUUUUCUGGCCAUUGCCAUGAGAGAUUUGGGGAGAAUAUGUUUUGUCACUUUGCUCUGAAGGUGCCGCAUGUAUUCUGGAUGUUGUCCUUUGACACCCAGCUGGGCAUCCCCUCAGGCUGUCCAGAGAGGACAGAGCAUGGGUUUUCGAACCAAUCAGGUCUAGAUUUGAAUCUCAGUUCUGCGGCUUUUCAAGGGUGUUGUCCUUGAGCUCAGCCUCCUCCUCUGUGAAGAUUAUAUGAAGAAGUCGAAGGGCUUCAUGCAGGACAUGGUACGUGGUGGUGCGAGUAAACGUCCCCCGAGGAGGCCAUCCUCCACCGCUCCUUCCUCCCCGCCCGCAGCGCUCCACAUGGCUCUCUGGCACACUCCUCGUCGGGCCCGGGUGGUGUGUGGGCCUGUCCUGCUCUGCUUGUUGUCCCUGAACCGUCAUGGCCCCACCACGCCCAGCACUCCACCAAGCAGCCGCUCCUACCGGCACUGUCCUCCCGUGGAGUCCUGGUCCUCGCCUUCACGGGGUGUCUAGCGUCCCUGAAGUGGUGCAGUGCACGCCGCAUGGAGCAAGGAGGAAGGGUGGAGCAGCUACAGCGGGUGCCAAAGCGUGCAGGCCUCUGUGAAGCUGCCAUCUGUCCUGCUGGCGCUGCCCUGCUCUGCACCGUCUUGGAAGGAAGAAUGGAGGCAGGGAGGCAAGGAGGGAGGUGGGGAGCAAGCACACCUGUGGGCUCUGGUGAGCCUGAAACCCAUGGAGAGACAGACUGGGUCGCAUCCCAAUUCCAUACAGAUCUCUCUUGGGGAAACUUACCUGGCCUAUUUCAGCCUUGGUUUCCCCAUCUCCCCGCCAAUGCUGCAGUGAGGAGCACGAGACCUAAUGCAUGCCAGGUGCUUCCGGCCGUGGCCAGUUACCGCAGUGAGGGAGCCCUGCUUUGCAGAUGGGGAGAUGGAAGCACGGACAGGUUGAGCCCCUUGUCAAGGUCACCAAGCUACUAAGCGAGGUCUGUCUGAAUCACCACACACUACAGAUUUGGGAGGGAAAGGGGCUCAGCAGAGGGAGGGAAAGCAGCCGGGAAGGACUGGGGUGUGGGGCACUGGCCAGAGCAGGGGGAGUGGCCAGAAGCAGAGAAGCCACGCUGGGCUUGAGUAUCCCCCAGGACUCUCAGCCAGAGGGAUGCUCCAGCAGGUUCGUGACCUGCAAUGAAUUAUAGGACUUACAGUGACUCAGGGCCGUCUGUAUGCACUUGACUGAUCAGCAAAGAAUGAAGUAAAUAUAUCAAUUUCUGAAA